UAACUUUCUUCCUCUUUCCCUCCUCUGCUCUGCCAAUCGAUUGCUGUUCUUUCUCAUGGCUUCCAGAAUCUCACUCGACCCAACCCCAGUUGGAAAAUUCCCAAAACACCCACAACAAUUACCUCUUUUUGCUAUUUCACCGCUGGGUUUCCAUCCAAAGACCACUUCGUUCAGGACCAUUUUAAGCUCUAGAGAAGGAUUACCAGUACCACAGCCACUUCGAGCUGUCAAAGAAGAAGUUAUCGAAUCUCUGAAUUCAGAAUCGACCCGCGAUUCCCAAACUACCCCUCCUUCUUCUACUAAAUUUGUUCUCGUUGUUGGAGGCUCCGGUGGUGUUGGGCAAUUAGUAGUGGCAUCUUUGCUGAACCGGAAGAUCAAGUCGCGCCUACUACUACGUGAUCCUGAGAAAGCAACAGCAUUAUUUGGUGAACAAGAUGAAGAGACUUUACAGGUACGUAAAGGGGAUACACGGAACCCAGGAGAUCUUGAUCCAUCUAUAUUUGAGGGUGUAACGCAUGUCAUUUGCUGCACAGGGACAACAGCAUUUCCUUCAAAGAGAUGGGAUGGGGAUAAUACACCAGAAAAAGUAGAUUGGGAGGGUGUGAGGAAUCUUAUAUCUGCACUGCCUUCAUCAGUGAAAAGAGUUGUUCUUGUUUCUUCAAUUGGUGUAACCAAAUGCAACGAACUGCCGUGGAGCAUUAUGAACCUUUUUGGAGUUCUCAAAUAUAAGAAGAUGGGGGAGGAUUUUCUUGAAAAAUCUGGUCUACCAUUUACAAUUAUCAGAGCAGGUAGAUUGACAGAUGGACCUUACACAUCAUAUGAUCUAAAUACUUUGCUCAAAGCAACAGCCGGGCAACGACGUGCAGUCCUUAUUGGGCAAGGAGAUAAAUUAGUUGGUGAGGCUAGCAGACUUGCAGUUGCUGAAGCUUGCAUACAGGCACUGGACAUAGAAUUCACUCAGGGCAAAGCUUAUGAAAUCAACUCAGUUGAGGGUGAAGGACCAGGAAGCGAUCAGCAAAAGUGGCGAGAACUAUUCAAAACUGCUGAAACCCAGUAGUUAAAUCUGGAUAAAAAUUUCCACAUCAUUCAGCUACUUCCUUCACACGUACCUAUACAGAUACUGUUUAGAAAAGUAAAUUUUAUAUACUCUAUACUGCCUAAAGCUGUAAAUAACCAAAUAUGUAUCAAAUUCCUUCUCUGGUUAUUUUAUGUAUCAAAUUCCUUCUCUGGUUA